UGGCUUUGGGUUUAGUAUAAAAGCGCAUGUAUAUUAUACAUGUUUAACAACAUCCGAUUCCAAUUACCUGAUCAAAUUAAGUUUUCUAGCUUUUCGAUCUUUACGCGAUGGCCACCCGAAAGCUUUUCUCAGUUUUAUUCCUCCAGUUCAUGUUUGUAGUUCUUCUUGUUCUUGACCCUGCAAAUGCGCAUAAGGAACUGAAAGUAGGGUUUUAUGAAAAGUCAUGCCCAGAAGCCGAGGCCAUUGUUAAGAAGGUUAUGGUCGAAAUCUUAUCAAAAGCACCUACACUUGCCGCGCCUUUGAUAAGAUUGCAUUUCCACGAUUGUUUCGUCAGGGGUUGUGAUGGGUCAGUGCUGUUGGACUCUUCAACAAAACAAGCUGAAAAAGAUUUUGCUUCUAAUCUAAGCCUUCGGGGAUUUCAAAUUAUCGAUAGAGUCAAGUCUGCACUGGAAAAGGCAUGUCCUGGUGUGGUUUCAUGUGCUGACAUAUUGGCUAUAGUAGCUAGAGACGCGGCUGCUACGAUCAAGGGACCAUCUUGGGAAGUCGAAACUGGACGAAAAGAUGGAAGGGUUUCAAGCAUAACAGAGGCCUCAGACAAUCUACCACCACCAUAUGCCAACAUUACCCUAUUGAUAAGAAUUUUUCAAGGAAAGGGGCUAAGCAUAAAAGACCUUGUAGUUCUUUCAGGUGCACACACCGUUGGGACGUCUCACUGUCACUCCUUCGACUACCGUCUCUAUAACUUCACGGGAAAGCUGGGUACUACUGACCCCAAAUUGGAUCCUAACUAUAUAAAACGAUUGAAGAGCAAAUGCAAUAAGCUAGGUGAUGAAACCACACUCGCGGAAAUGGAUCCAGGAAGCUUCAAAACAUUUGAUGCAAGUUACUAUACUCUUGUAGCUAAGAGAAUGGGUUUGUUCGAAUCAGAUGCAGCUCUCCUUAAUAAUACCAAGACUAAAUCGUAUGUCAAACUUCAAGCUGCUACUGGCGGUUCUACUUUCUUUGAUGACUUUGGAGUUUCAAUGGUGAAUAUGGGUAGGAUUGGAGUUCUCACUGGCAAGGCUGGUGAAAUCAGGAAACAAUGCAGCAAAGUUAACAAGUAAUUAUAUAUUAAGAGAUCACAAGGACACCUACGAGCAGAAACGCAAGACUAUUUAUUGUUCUUCUUCAUGUUUAUGAUUUUGUAGUACCUAAUUUGCAGAAUAAAAUCUGGUUUGAUUUGUUUCGCAGUCUUGCUGUAGUUUCAGUCAAAAAGUUUGUUUUUUUUAGUUAUGCUACUUAGCACAAUUACAGACAAGGCACUGUAGACGCUGCUGAUGUGGCAUUUCGCCCAGUCCGAACUUAUAUUAUUACAAAACAAACAGAGAGAGAAGAAAUGCAAAGAAGCUUUGGGUUUCUCCUUUA